UGCGAUUCUGUUUGUUGGGUAACGUUUAAAAAAGAAUUGAGAGAUCCCCUCCUCACCUUACGUUUUCUUCUCCGCAAGCCCACCAACGACAUUCUUGUCAUACCUUCUCGCGAUUCCAUCCAAAACUUUAUCUCCCUCUUUUUUAUUCCAAUUUUAAAUCUUUUUUUCAUUAUUAGUUACUGCGUAUAAAACUUAUUGCACCGUAUUUCUUUCCUUGUUCUGGCGAAUUUGCCUCGACUCUUUCAAAACGUCACCGCAUGAGGUUGGUCAAACAUUUCGCCCCUUUCUCUCUCAUUCGGUUUGUUUUUUUAUGGGCAUUUCUUCAUUUCCCACACAUGGUUUUCCCAUUUCUGCUCUGGGUAUUCUUCCAUUUUCUUUUGAUGAAUUUGUUUUUGGCGUUUUGACUUGUUUUUUGUAGAAGAAAAAAAAGGGUCCGCGUUUUUUCGGGAUUGUAUUUUUAUUUCUUUUCCAGAUUAGGUUGUUGAAGGCAACAAAAGCCGGCGCUUUAGCUAUCUAUUAUCCUCUGAUUUUUUUCCUUUUUUCCCAGGUCAAUAUUUGGAAACGAACCCGAGUUAGAAUUGGGAUUUCUCUGUUCCUUUCUGUAAGACUUUUGGUGAUGAUCUUCUUUUUCACACAAAAAUUCAACUUGUGUGUUCCUGUCCAUAUGGAAUGACUCCUCUUUUAUGAUGAUGAUGAUAAGUCUCUAGAUCUUUUCAAUUUAAUGUAUUGAUAGAUUAUUUGGUGGGAUAUCUUUAAAGGAAACUCUUAAAAAUUUAAUCUUUGAGGGAGUUCCUGAAUUAGUUUGAGAAAAUAUGGAUUUGAAAACUAGCUGUGAUGGUGACGAGGGGGCCAAUAAAGAAAAGUUUGGGUAUCAAGAAGGGGAAUUUUUAGGGUCUAAGUUGAAGGGAUUAGGGAGUGUUAGUGAUAGGGGUAUGGCUACAAGGAGCCCUAACAACGAUAUGAUUUUCCGGGCCGAUAAGAUUGAUCUCAAGAGUCUGGAUGUUCAGUUGGAGAAGCAUUUGAGUCGUGUUUGGUCGAAAAGUGUGGAGAACCAAGUCCUUAGGCCUAAGGAAGAAUGGGAGAUUGAUCCAUCCAAAUUGGAGAUAAGGUAUCUCAUUGCUCAAGGGACAUAUGGUACAGUUUAUCGAGGUAGUUAUGAUACUCGAGAUGUUGCAGUAAAAUUGUUGGACUGGGGAGAGGACGGCAUGGCAACAGCUGCUGAAACUGCUACAUUGCGAGCAUCUUUUCAACAAGAGGUUGCCGUUUGGCAGAAGCUUGACCAUCCAAAUGUUACAAAAUUUGUUGGUGCUUCAAUGGGAACUUCAAACCUCAAAAUUCCUUCAAAAACCCCUUCCGAGGGCUACACCACCCUUCCAUCAAGGUCGUGUUGUGUCGUCGUCGAAUUCCUUGCUGGUGGAACCUUGAAAAAUCUUUUGUUUAAAAACCGGAAGAAGAAAUUGGCUUAUAAGAUUGUAAUCCAACUUGCUUUGGAUCUUUCGAGAGGGUUGAGCUAUUUACACUCCAAAAAAAUAGUUCAUCGUGAUGUGAAGGCUGAAAACAUGUUGCUAGAUACUAAUAGAACUUUGAAGAUUGCUGAUUUUGGCGUGGCUCGGGUUGAAGCACAGAAUCCUAAGGACAUGACUGGUGAAACUGGUACUCUUGGCUACAUGGCCCCCGAGGUUCUUGAUGGGAAACCUUAUAACCGAAAAUGUGACGUAUAUAGCUUCGGAAUUUGCCUGUGGGAAAUUUACUGCUGUGAUCUGCCAUAUCCGGACCUCAGCUUUGCUGAAGUAUCUUCUGCUGUUGUUAGACAGAAUUUGAGGCCAGAAAUUCCGAGGUGUUGCCCGAGUUCAUUAUCAAGCAUAAUGAAGAAAUGCUGGGACGUAAAUCCCGAAAAGAGACCAGAGAUGGACGAGGUAGUGAGGCUGUUAGAGGCAAUUGAUACAAGCAAAGGAGGAGGAAUGAUACCAGAAGACCAAGCUGGUGGUUGUUUCUGCUUCGCCCCAACUCGCGGUCCAUAACUCUGUUUUUUUAAGCACAGCCCAUUUUCUCUUUCACCGUUGCACCAACCAAGGGGGAACUUGUACACUUAAUUAGUUCCUCGAAUUGUUUAGGAGGGUUAUUGGUUACUUUGUGAAUGAAUGAAUCUGCAGAACUCGUUUCCAUAUCCAUCAUCAUCAAAUAAAUAUUGGCGAAAAGUUCCAACUUCCAACUUCUAUUUGUGUUGAUUUUGUUUUGUCGCGUCAUACCCAUUGCUGCUAACAUUACUUUCAUUUCCAAGUAUAUCAG